AUGUCAGGGUGGUGGUUACUUGUAAUACAUCUUCUAAUCGGUCUAUUGGUAAAAAAUUCCAGGGCCGAAAGUUUAACGCCACCGUAUUUCAAUCUUGCCGAAGGCAAGGACAUCAUCGCCUCCGCCACGUGCGGUGUCGAUACUCCUGGACCUGAACUUUAUUGUAAACUCGUUGGCGCGAAUGCUGAUCAAGAUGAAGACAUCAAUUUGAUUCAAGGACAGGUAUGCGAUGUUUGCGAUCCAGAUAGUCCUGAAAAAAAGCACCCUCCCGAAUAUGCCGUCGAUGGUAUGGAAACUUGGUGGCAAUCACCACCACUUUCUAGAGGCAUGAAGUACAACGAAGUGAAUUUGACAAUUAAUUUGGGUCAAGAAUUUCAUGUAGCGUACGUUUACGUGCGUAUGGGAAAUUCACCAAGACCCGAGUUAUGGGUUCUUGAAAAAUCGACAGAUUAUGGAAAAACGUGGUUACCUUGGCAAUAUUUUGCGGAUUCCGAUAGUGAUUGUUUAACAUAUUUUGGUGUCGACAGUCAUAAACCUAUUACGAGAGAUGAUAGUGUAAUUUGUACGACUGAAUAUUCAAAGAUAGUACCCUUAGAAGGUGGUGAAAUACCAAUUUCUAUCUUAAAUAAUCGUCCAUCGGCAAAGCAUUAUUUCAAUUCAACAAUUUUACAAGAAUGGACGAGGGCAACCAACGUGCGGUUUCGUUUUCUCAGAACAAAGAACUUACUGGGACAUCUUAUGUCGGUCGUUCGUCAGGAUCCUACUGUGACAAGACGAUAUUUUUAUUCCAUCAAAGACAUCAGUAUCGGUGGUAGAUGUAUGUGUAACGGUCAUGCGGAUACCUGCGAUAUCCAAGAUCCUACUGUGCCGAAUAAACUUGUCUGUAGAUGUCAGCACAAUACAUGUGGACCUCAAUGUACAACAUGUUGUAAAGGUUUUGAACAGAAGAAAUGGCAACAAUCUACGUCUUUUAAAAAAUUUAUGUGCGAACCUUGUAAUUGUUUCGGUCACUCUGAUGAAUGUACUUAUAAUUCGAUAAUUGACGAAAAGCAUUUAUCUCUGGAUAUACAUGGAAACUAUGAAGGUGGUGGAGUAUGUAAGAACUGUAGGGAUAAUACGGAAGGUAUCAACUGUAAUCAAUGUAAACCGAAAUUUUAUAGACCAGAAAAUAAACCUUUCAAUGCUACUGAUGUAUGCCAACCCUGCAACUGUGAUUUCUUUUAUUCGACUGGAAAUUGUGCUGAUGCUACUGGUAAAUGUGAAUGUCGCAAGGAAUUUACCCCACCUCAUUGUGAUACCUGUAAUCAUGGAUACUUUGGAUAUCCUAAUUGCCGCGAGUGUGAAUGUCAUUUACAAGGAACCAAUGGAUAUCAUUGUGAAGCAAAGGAUGGUCCUUGUCCUUGUAAAACAAAUUAUGCAGGUCACUACUGUAACCUAUGUGCAGAAAGCUAUUAUAAUUUUCCUGAAUGCUUACCUUGUGAAUGCAAUUCACUUGGUUCCCUGAACAAUGUCUGUGAUGUUGUUUCUGGAAAUUGUACUUGUAAAAAUAAUUAUGGUGGAAGAACUUGUAGUAUCUGCGAGGACGGUUAUUUCAAUUAUCCUUCGUGCACAUAUUGUAACUGUGACGCAAGAGGUACAAAACAAGGAAUUUGUGAUAAGAGUGAUGGCGUAUGCUUGUGUAAAGAAGGCUAUGGUGGUAGUAGGUGCGAUCAGUGUAUCAAUGGAUAUUAUGGAUAUCCUAACUGUAGACCAUGUAACUGCAGUUUGAUCGGUUCUUCUUCAAUUAGUUGUGACAGUAUAGGAAAAUGUUCAUGCCUUGCCAACUUUGCAGGAAAGACAUGUGAUCAAUGUAGUCCAGGAUAUUAUAUGUAUCCAGAAUGUAUAGCUUGCAAUUGUGAUAGUCAUGGAGCAAUUGGUGUAUCCUGUGAUACAGAAGGCAAAUGUCAGUGCAGAGAAAACUUUGAUGGAUCAAGAUGUAAUCAGUGUAAAGAGGGCUUUUAUAAUUUUCCAACUUGUGAAGGAUGUAAUUGUGAUCCAGCAGGCAUUGUUGAAACUUUUCAAGGAUGUGGUAGUUUACCAGCAGGAGAACUUUGCCAAUGUAAGGAUCGUGUAGAAGGUAGAAUUUGUAAUAAAUGUAAACCUUUAUAUUGGAAUUUACAACCGCACAAUACAGAAGGAUGUGAAGAAUGCCAAUGUAAUAUUCCGGGUGUUAUUGGAAGUAUUGGAGAAUGUGAUGUGAAAACUGGACAGUGUAUUUGUAAACCUGGAGUGACUGAUAGAAGUUGCACUCGAUGCAUUGAUGGAACUUAUAAUCUUCAAGAGAACAAUUUAUUUGGUUGUUCCGAUUGCAAUUGUGAUAUUGGUGGAUCAGUCAGUUCUAUUUGUGACAAACAAACUGGACAAUGUCAAUGUCAGCCUCGUGUAACGGGUUUAACAUGUAAAGAACCUUUAAAAGCACAUUAUUUUCCUACUCUUCAUCAAUUUCAAUAUGAAGUAGAAGAUGGCAGAACUUCCAGUAACGGUCAAGUACGAUAUGGUUUCUUAGAAGAGUAUUUCCCAGGUUAUAGUUGGAAGGGAUAUGCUGUAUUUUCUGCUCUACAAGACGAAAUUAUCCAAAAUGUUUAUAUAUAUAAAUCUUCUUUAUACCGUAUGGUUAUACGGUAUGUAAACCCUAACAAUGAACCAAUUCUUGGAACUAUUAAAAUUACACCAGAUAGUCCUGUCGAAGUGGAACAACAAUUUAAAGUUCAAUUUAAACCUACGACGAAACCAUCGUUCGUUACAGUUGCAGGGAUUCAUGAUAAUCACCCUUCACCUAUGGUGAUGAAUCCUGGACAUUGGACUGUUAGUAUUGCUAAUAAAAAAACUCUUUUCGUAGACUAUUUCGUUCUAUUACCUUCAGAAUAUUAUGAAGCAACUAUUUUAACUCAAGAUGUUAACAUACCUUGUAAAGUUGGUUACAAAGAGCUCUGUCGUCAUUAUGGAUAUCCCAACUUGAUGAAUUUUGAUUCUGUUCGUGGGGCAGGAGGUUUCCUGAAUGAGAACAACAUAAGAAUACCUUUAACAGAAUAUUUCUCAGAUAAGGAUACUCUUAGAGAGAUUGAUGUAGAUGAAAUGCCGCUUAUAAAUGAUAGUCAAGAAGAAAUUCACUUUGAACUUAGAAUAUCUAAACCAGGCCCACAUGUGCUUAUUAUAACAUAUGUUACCUCUAUGGAAGAUAGUGAGACUUCUGUAUUGUUGAUUGAAGCAAACACCAUCGGCAAAGGCAAAGUUACGCUUUAUCCCUGCAAAUAUACAAGUAUUUGUCGACAAGUAGUAACUGAUACAUAUGAUAGAGUGGCUGUUAUGAACUUUCAGUCAAAUUAUGUAAGCAUAGUCUUAACUGGAGAACCCACUUCAAAUAUUGCGAUUCAUUCAAUUGUUGCUAUUCCAUAUCAUCGCUGGUCCUUAGAUUAUAUAAAACCCAGAUCUAUUUGUGUUCGAAAAAAUGGUAAAUGUGUACAAGGAUUUUUCCCUGGUGCAGCUGAUUCUAAAAAGAUUGAAUUUGAAUCUAAUAAUGCAGUUCUUGAAGUGGGUAGUCGGCCAUCUGGUAUUUUUGAUAAUGCUACAAAACUAAUUUAUUUGAAUGAUAAAGAUGCAAUGGUAGAUAUUCAUGCAAAAGUUGCUGAACCUGGAGAAUACGUUUUCAUUGUACAAUAUUAUCAACCAGAUCAUCCAGAGUUUGAGUUGGAUGUUCUAGUACAAAAUGGAAAGUUUUAUGAAGCAAAAGUUUCUGUACCUCAUUGCCCUAGUAACAGUGGUUGUCGUAGUAUUGUUCAACAAGUAGAUGGUAAUACUCGAUUCCAGUUAAUCGAAAAUUUUGUGAUUACAUUCAAAGAAAGCAGUGGAAAUGGUAUUUGGUUGGAUUACAUUUUGGUCGUACCUGCAGACCAAUAUAAUAGUAAAAUCCUAACAAAAAUACAAUUUGAUCAGACUAAGGAAUUCCUUAAAAAGUGUGGUAAUAAUCAUUUCUAUGUAAAUGUAACAGAAGAAGGAUUUUGUAAAGAUUCCAUUUUUUCAUUGACUGCUAAUUAUAAUAAUCACGCUUUACCUUGCAAUUGUGACAUUUAUGGUACAACUAGUUUUGAAUGUGAAAAGUUUGGAGGACAAUGUCCCUGUAAACCUAAUAUUAUUGGUAGAAGAUGUGAGAUUUGUAAAACAGGAUAUUAUGGAUUUCCUAAUUGCAGAACUUGUGCUUGUCCUAGUUCAGUGCUUUGUAGACCUGGAACUGGUGAAUGUAUUUGUCCUACAAGAGUCACAGGUGAACGUUGUCAUCUAUGUGAACCAGGCACCUAUGGAUUUGAUCCUAUAGUUGGAUGUGAAGAAUGUAAUUGUUCUUUUCUUGGUGUAGUCGAUGGUAAUAUGCAAUGUGAUUUGUUUAAUGGCAACUGUAGCUGUAAAGAAAACGUGGUUGGAAGACAAUGUGAUAAAUGCAUACCUGGAUAUUCACAAUUUCCUCACUGUGAAAAAUGUGAUUGUGAUGUACGAGGAACAACAUUGGAUAUAUGCGAUCAGUAUACAGCUGAAUGUUUCUGUAAAGAAAAUGUUCAAGGUUCUGCUUGUGAUGUUUGUAAAGAAGGAACCUUUAACAUUCAAGCAAGCAAUGAAGAAGGCUGCACAAAAUGCUUUUGUUUUGGAAAGACAACACGUUGUGCUUCUGCAAAUCUCUACAGGACUCAUAUUCUGGAUAUGAAUAACUGGGAGCUUGUUGUACAAAAUGAAAAUACUGGAAAUUUAACAUUUUUAACAACAAUACCUCAAGAAAUUAAUUCAACUUCUAUAGUCAUUGGUCUAACGACUAAUGACACAUUUGAAAAUGUUGUGUACUUUGCAGCUCCUGCCAGUUAUCUUGGCAAAAAGUUGACUUCAUAUGGUGGAUUUUUAAAUUAUACUGUAAGCUAUGAUACUGGACCCUUUGGAAAAGCAGUAAGUGCAGCUGAUGUGAUUCUUCAAGGUGCAGAUACAGUUCUCUUUUUUUAUGGUGAUGAACAACCACUUUCCUUUACAAAUUUUGCUGGAUCUGUCGAACUCAUAGAGGCUAACUUUUUUACACCAAAUCGUUUAAGUGUUACUAGAGAACAGAUUAUGGUAGUUCUUGAAAAUCUUCAAGGUAUAUAUAUUCGAGCAACAUAUUGGAACCCUAGUAUCAUUGCAUCGUUAUCUUAUGUUACCAUUGAUGUUACAACAGAACAAUACUCAGCUCAGUAUAGUGUUCCAGCCAGUAGUGUGGAGCAAUGUCAAUGCCCACCAAAUUAUCAAGGAUUAUCUUGUGAAGAAUGUGCUCCAGGAUAUUAUAGAGUACAAUCAGGUCCUUAUGGAGGAUAUUGCGUACGGUGUCAGUGCAAUGGUCAUGCAGAAACUUGUGAUGUGAAUACCGGCGUGUGCCAUAAUUGUAAAAAUGGUACUAAAGGCGAUCAUUGUGAAUUUUGCCAACAAGGCUAUUAUGGGAAUGCAACUAUUGGUACUCCUUCAGAUUGUUUAAUUUGUGCUUGUCCACUUCCUACUGCAUCAAAUAAUUUUGCAUCUGAUUGUGAAGUAAAUGAAGAAGGUAACAAAAUUAGCUGCAAUUGUCUUCCUGGUUAUUAUGGUGCACGAUGCGAAACUUGCAUUGCCGGAUAUUAUGGAAAUCCAGAAGUCUAUGGUGAUUUUUGUAAACCUUGUGAAUGUUCUGGUAAUAUUGAUACCAAUCAAGUUGAUUCUUGUGAUUCUAUUACUGGAGAAUGCUUACAUUGUUUGAACAAUACAUAUGGACAAGCUUGCAAUUAUUGUGCACCUGGAUAUUUCGGAGAUGCAGUGGAAAGGAAAGAUUGUCAAAGUUGUUCAUGUAAUGAAUGUGGAAUGGAACAUUGUGAUAGCCAUAAUGGACAAUGCUAUUGUCAAGAAAAUGUUGUCGGUGAACAAUGUGAUCAAUGUGAAGAAAAUCAUUACGGAUUUGAUUCUUGCGAAGGUUGUAAGCCUUGCGAUUGUGAUGUUGCUUCAGAUAGUAAGCAAUGUGAUGAAAAAACUGGUCAAUGCCAAUGUAAACCUGGUGUUACUGGACGGAAAUGUGAUCAAUGCACUCCUGGUUAUUGGAAUUUUGGUCCAGAUGGUUGUACAUCAUGUGGUUGCAAUACUGGAUAUUCUGUUGGUGUAUCCUGUAACACAACUACUGGACAGUGUACAUGUCUUCCUGGUGUUAUUGGUGAAAAAUGUGAUCAUUGUCCAUAUCGUCAUGUUUUGAUCCCAGGACAAGGUUGCUUUGCAUGUGAUUCUUGUACCGGUGAUCUGCUUGAUGUCACAGAUAUACUCUCAGGUCUUCUAAAUCCAGUUUUUGAAGAAUACAAUAUGGUAGCUGAAAGUUAUUUUACGAAUCAGCGUCUAAAAUUUAUUAAUGAUACAGUAAAUGACUUUCAUUCAGAAGUUAUGUUACUCGAUCCAAAGAGAAUUAAUUUCUUACCACUACAACAAAACUUAUCGCGUCUUGGACAAGAAGUGUCGAGUCAAAAACGUCAUAUUGAUUAUGCUGCUGAAGAUAGCAUCAAAUGGAAACACGGUGCUCAAAAUACGCUUAACGAUAUGAAUGUUUUAGAAGAAGAUGUAAUUCGUGAAAUAAAUUUAGUCAAUUUUAUAGUAUCUGAAGUGCAAUCAUUAGCUUCCAAUAUAGAGCUUAGACCAGGUGGUAAAAUUGAAAACACUGUAAGAAAGACAGAAGAAAUUCUAAAAAAAAUCAAAGAGGUAUCUUUUGUUAAUUUCCGUGAUAAAGCAAUCGAUCAAGCUGAUCAAGCAAAUAUUCUUGUAUCAGAAAUGCUACAAUAUAAUUCUCCAGUGAAUAAUCUGACUUCAAUGGCAUCAGAUUUAAAUGACAAAAUACAAAAUAUUAGUACAAAAAUGGAUGAUUUACUUAAAAUCACAGGAAAAGCUAAAGCGUUAGCAGCUGACGUUGAAGAUCUUAACGAAGAUAAUAGAAUAGCUGCAGAAUCUGGAAAUUUUGAUAUUGUGAAAAAUAUUACAUUAGAGGCUGAAGAAGAUCUAAAAGCUGGUGAGCAACUUAAUAAAAAAGCAAGUCAACUUUUAGACGAAACAAAUACGAAUAUAAAUAUUUUAGAGUCUAAUACAUUGCAACAAGUGGUAAUGCGUUUAAAUGAUACCAUUUUGCAAAAUGACGAAAUGCUUAAUGAUUUAAAAGAUUCUUUACAAAAGGCACAUGAUCAUGCUGAAUCUCUUUACAGUCAUUCUUUGGAAUUGGACAAUCUCUUGACAGAUACACGCAAUACAAAUGCUGUACGUGCUGUUUCUGCAUAUAGGGAUAUUGAAAUGGCUAUCCAAGUUGCCAACUAUACUGCUCUGAAUGCUGUGUAUGCUGCUAAAAAUGCAACGGCAUCAUCUUCGAGAAUUGAAGAAAAAAUAAGAAGUUCUCGUGAUCAAUCUGCAGAUUUGCUUGCCUCUGCAGAAAUAGUAUUUGAGAAAACUGAUGGAAAAUCGGAGGGAAUUCUUCAGAUUGCACAAACCAAGGAAACAUUUACAGAUUCUCAAAACGAAAACAAUAAAGAAUUGUUAGAUUAUAUUGAUAAAGUACUUUUAAAUAUUCCAUCACAAUCUCCAUCAGCAGCUCACAAUGCAGUUGAUGAAGUUAUUAAAACGGUAGCCAAUAUAACAAAUGCUAUUCAAAGUAUAAAUGGUACAAUUGAUAAUAUACCAAAUGAUCUCAAAAAAACUAAACAACUUACAAAGGAUACGUCCGAAUCGAUACGAGAUAUUUCUCAAGCUAAGAAACAAUUGGAUGUUGUAAAUAAAAUUGUUCCUAAUAUUAAUAAUUUUCUAAAUAAUUUGAGUAAAAAUCAAAAAGCAAUGGAAGGAACAGGAAAUGAUCUUCAAAGUAAAAUUGAUGUGCUAAAGAAUAAGAUCGCAAAUGCUAGAGAAUUAGCAGACAGAUUUAAAACAGGUUUAACCUUUUAUCGAAAUACUACAUUGGAAUUGAAAAAUCCAGAAAGCUUACCUUUACUAGCAACAUCUAGCAAAAUUUCAUUAUAUUUCCGUACGAAUAAAACCAAUGGCUUCCUUUUCUAUCUUGGAAAUGAAGAAAAAAUAAAAUUACCACGUGCAAAAACUCAUGAUUUUAUGGCACUUCUAAUAGAAAGUGGAUAUCCAGUACUUAUAUUAGAUCUUGGUUCUGGACCAACAAAGGUCAUUAGUAACAAAUUUGUAUCUGAUAAUAUUUGGCGUCAAAUAAUUAUUGAUAGGACUGGAAAAAAUGUGAAAUUAAUAGUACGCGAGGAUAUUGGCGAGGGAAGAGAUAAGGAAUAUGAAACAGAAAAAGUAUUACCAGGGUCUUAUUCUAUAUUUAACGUUGAUCAAGAACAUUCAAAACUAUUUGUAGGAGGAUAUCCUUCUUCUUUUAAUAUUCAAGAUGCAGUUACGGCAUCCUCCUUUGAGGGUGAAAUGGAAGAGUUAGUAAUCGGCGAUAUACCUGUUUCUUUCUGGAACUUUGUAGAUGGUGAAAAUAAUAGAGAAGAUGCUAUGGAAAGGGACAAAUUGAUAAAUUUCCAACCAAGUACAGGAUAUAGAUUUGACAAGCAUGGAUAUGCGAUUUUAAGUAAACGAAAUUCUCAAAUAUCAUCAGAUAGUAGAAAGUUCAGUAUAAAAUUAAAUUUCAAAACAUUCGCGGAUGAUGGCUUAAUAUAUCUAAUGGGCAAGGGUAAACAGUUUUUAUCUUUGGAAAUGAGAGAUGGUCAGGUACUGUAUCAGUACGAUCUUGAUGAUGGUGAAAUAUCUCUAAAAUCGCUUGAUAAAUUUAAUGAUGGUAAUUGGCACAAUUUAGAAGCAUUGAGGUUCGAAAAAAUUGGUGUUCUUAAAAUCGAUGGUAAAAUGGUUGCACGAGAUGAAGCUAAGGGCAGUACUAAAACUCUUCUAUCCUUGGAUUACAUUUAUUUUGGAGGGUAUCCACCUAAUGCUAAGCAUCCUUAUAAACCAGUUACAAAUGAUGGUUUCGAAGGAUGUAUCGAUGAUGUUGUUAUUCUCGAUACAUCAGUUGAUCUUAGUAGUAAUAUACAAGCUUUUGGAGUUAUGCCUGGUUGUCCAGUUAGAUUCGCAAGUCUCGUAUCUUUUGAAGAUAAUAUGCCAGGAUAUGUAAAAUGGAAUAAUGUUUCGGCGUCCAAUUUCCUUCAGAUUAAUUUGAAAUUCAAAACAUUGGCAAAUGAUGGUCUUAUAUUUUAUGUCACUAAUCCAGAUCAAACAUCUACAAGUUACAUGGCACUGGUUGACGGUGUAUUAAUAUUUAAAAGUCAAGGCGAAGAAUUAAGGACUGAUCCAACUGAAAUAAAAUUCAAUGAUAAUGAGUGGCAUGUUGUCACGGCGACGCAUAAUGAAUCAUCUUUAAGACUUGAUAUUGAUGAUAUUAAAAAUUAUAGCACCGAUUCACCACCUCCAUCAUUACAUAUUCUUUAUGGGGAUCUUUACAUUGGCGGUAUACCAAUAUUGUUCCAAGGAUCUCAAGAUAAUGCAAGAACACCGUUUGUCGGUUGUAUUGGCGACGCUACUUUGAAUGGAAUUAUUAUUAAUUUUGCUAACACGACAGAAAAACUUCAUGCAUUUUUGGGAAAGUGUAAAGGCGGUGAACAAUCACCUAUUGCUCCAGUUGACGAACCAGAAGUAAAUGUUUGGAUACCUCUGCUUCCUACAGAAAGUCCUGAUGAUACAACUGAAGGCGCAACACAGAUUAAUGUGGUAGACAUUGAAUUAGAAAAGGAAGAUGAAGACGAAGAACCUACUUUGGAAGGACGCAGUCAUCACAUUGAAAUAACAACUGAAACAAUUAUAACAUCCACUCCAAAACCAAUUCUACCUCAAACUGUAGACCAAUGUCAUUUACCUUAUUAUCCAGCUACUGAUCCUGAUCUCGAAAAUGAAUGGAGAUUCGGUACUACAAACAAUAGUCGAUUGGAAUAUAGAUCUUUAAAUGGAAGAUACAGAGACUAUUAUGAUUUCCAAAUUAACAUUAAAACAAUGUCUGAUAAUGGAAUUGUUUUCUUUGCCUCGGAUUUAAGUAAACAAGAUGUGAUUGCCUUAUAUAUUCUAGACGGAAAGAUUCAUCACAAGUUUGACUGUGGAAGUGGACCAGCUGUACUUAUUAGCGAAAAACAAAUAAAUGAUAAUCAAUGGCAUUACAUUGCUUUUAAGAGAAAUAAACAAAUCGGACAACUUUCUGUAGAUAAUGAAGCACCAAUAAUUGGCUCUUCUCAAGGACAUACUGAAACUAUCAAUGUUAAUCCACCAUUCUUUGUAGGAGGUGUACUACCAGAAUUAUUUAGCGCGACACAGUCAAGAAUAGGUUUAAGUACUAUGUUCAGCGGAUGUUUAAGCAAUUUUAUGAUGAAUGGUCAAUCUGUUGGUGAACCUACAAUGAAAGUAGGUGUAAUACCAUGUUCAAAGCGAAUAGAGCCAGGAUUGUUCUUCUUCCCAGGGAAUGGUAGCAAUCUGUUCAAAGCAAUGGAUCGAUUUACCGUUGGACGUACUAUGGAUAUACAGAUGGAUAUCAAACCACGUACAACUUCUGGACAUUUAUUGUCGGUUCAUGGUAAACGAGAUUAUCUAGUUUUGGAGAUGAUUAAUGGUACUGUUAAAUUUCUUGUUAAAACGACUAAGGGUUCUAUAGAAACCUCGUUUGAACCAUCCAAAUCUAAUUCUUUAUGCGAUGGUAAUUGGCACAAUGUCCGAGCUGUAAAACAGAAAAAUGCUGUACUUUUAUCCGUUGAUCACAAGGCCGCUCCAAUAGGAAUUGGUGGUAAAAACGUAGCAGCAGUUUUGUCGAAGCAUCCGAUAUUCAUCGGUGGUCAUCCUAUGUUGGGUAGAAGAUUACGUGGCAGCACGUCACAAUCUCAAUACGUUGGUUGCAUAAAUAAUGUAUACAUUAAUUUGAAUUCCAUUCAUUUGGGUCCAGAACGAGCUUAUGGACGAGUCAUUGCGGGCGUUUGUCCAACAAUAUAAGUAAGUAAUGUCAUUUGAAGUUGAAAAUGUGCAAAGUACAGUUAAAUCUUAAUGUGGUGGUGAAUCCCAUUAACUUAAGUAGAGUGUAUAUGCUAAGACUGCUUUAACACUCUUCUUAAGUAAAUGAAAAAUUGUGUCACAGGCAUAGUAAUAAAAUAAUUACAAAAUACUCCAAAAGAACCUCACGCCUAGUCUAAAAUAAUGGGCAAAAGACUGAGUUUUGCAUUUCCUUCACAUUCAGUAGGAAGCAUUUCAUAUUGCCGAUACAAAUAAUAAUGAUUAUAUAGUAUAUUUUGUAUUGUACGUAGUAGAAAUUUAUACUUGACACAAUUAAGUUCUUAAGAUAUUUUGAAUAAUUCUGAUUUAAUUGUAUUGCAUAGCCAAAGAAAAAGAAUUUACUAAUAAAAAAUGUAAAAUAUAAAUUACUA